GAGCUAUUUCUCACAUCGAUUCCCUUGUAGAACAAGCCUUUCAAAAAAGCUGGGAUUUUGCUUCAACAAAGAAAAAAAAACUCAAAAAAGUGGGGUUUUGAUGGUACCAAAGAGGCAUUUCAGUGACUUGGGGGGUGAGGAGUUUCAGUUUCCGGUACCGGAAUCGAAAAGGCGAUCUCUUUUUAAGAAUGUCGCUAGGGAUGUGAUGAGAGAUGGUGCCUUAAAUGAAAAAGCGUGGGAAAAUUUCUUCAGAACAGUGGUACGAGAUGAGCUGGAAAUUUUGCUUAUUCCCCACCUGAGGGGGUCUUCAACUUCAAGCAGGCCUCCGCUUCAACUUGGAAGUUCAUCUGGAGCUAGAGGCCUUCAGUUGCAUUUCAUCAACAAAUUGCCCUCAACCAUAUUCACAGGCAGUAGAGCGGAGACAGAAGAAGGCAAGCCUCUUCAGAUUGUUCUACGUGAUGCUGCUACCCAAAAUGUCAUCAGUUUGGGUCCCCUGUCUUCAGUAAAGAUUGAAGUGCUUGUGCUGAAUAGCGAAUUCGGGGCUGAUGAUCAGGAGGAUUGGACUGAGAGAGAAUUCACCAAUGGCCUUGUUCGACAACGAGAAGGGAAGAGGCCUUUGGUUACUGGUGAGGUGACUCUCAAUCUGAAGGAAGGGGUCUGUUCUCUAAACGACAUUGUCUUUACUGACAAUUCAAGCUGGAUCAGAAGCCGGAAGUUCAGACUAGCAGCUAGAGUUAUCGCGAAAGGUCCCGGUGAGGAAGUAAGAAUCAGGGAAGCUAUAAGUGAAGCUUUUCAGGUGAAAGAUCACCGUGGAGAGUUGUACAAGAAACACCACCCUCCAUGCUUGAACGAUGAAAUUUGGCGCCUCGAGAAGAUAGCAAAGGACGGCGCCUUUCACAAGAGACUGUCUGAACGUGGCAUUUCUAAUGUGAAGGACUUGCUGCAGGCAUAUGUCAAAGAUCAAUCGUGGCUACGCAGUUGUUUUGGUUCGAUCCCAAACAAGAUGUGGGAUACAAUCAUGGAGCAUGCACUGACAUGUGUGAUAGAUGAACAGAAGCUCUAUGCUUAUCAAAGGCCCAACGCAACCCUUCUCUUCGACUCAAUUUACAAGCUCGUGGGAGCAAUAAUUGAGGAGCAAUUCUGUCCUCUGGAUCAACUCACCCCAUCUCAGAAAGUUAUGGUGGAAAAUUUGAAGCUGCAGGCGUAUAGAAAUGAAGCAAAUAUGUUACUCAUGGAUGCUUCGGCUGUGUUUAGCCUUGCAAGGCCUGUGCCUAGUCUACAACCAGAGCCGUUCAAUACUAUUUCAAACUCAGAGCUGCCACAAUAUAGUGUCCAAUUCUCACAGCAAGAUGAACAGCCUAUGCAAUUGAGUUUCCACCACGCAUCGCCUUCCUCAUCAUAUCCUUAUCAAGCAGAAGGAAGCAAUCAGUUGAUGGUUUCUCUAGCACAAACGAGUCAGCCAAUGCAAGCGUUCAAUCCAGCGCUGCGCAACAGUUUCUCAAUGCUGGAGGAGUUUAACUCCUUACAGUUCAAUGCCGAAAACAGUUGGCCUCAUGUUGUGCAAACUGCACAUUUAGGCACUACUGAAAACCUUUUCCCUCUACAAACAGCAACUUGGUCUCCAAUGAACCCUAACUGGGGGGGACAAGAAAACGGAUUUUGCUUCGGUUCAACUAGCGAAAAUGGCAUUUCCGGUUUUGUAAAGAAACCCAAGGCGUGUUGGUGCAAACUUCGCGCCGCCAUUAAGUGGUGGGUUUCUGUUAGGGGUAGAAGAAUGGCAAGGCCUCUGUAUCUGGCCAGCUAGAAGAAUGAAGAUCAGUGUUUAGUUGCAAUGAACCACUAGUGUAAAGCAGGUACCUAAAGUAAGAAGGUAGGCUUCUCCUAGAUGUGUUAAGACUUAGUUACUCACUAGUUACUGGUCUACUUCCCUCCAAUGUUUUUUCUCCUUUAAUGUGUAAAAUGUGCAAAAAGGGGUUCCUCUGUUGUUAAAUAUAGUUGGCCAUGAUGUACAUAGUGUUGAAAUGAUCUAUGUAAAAAUGGUUUCCUGAACAAAUCUAAUAAUAUUCAGUUCAUUUGUUUCA